AAAUCAAGGCGGCUGCAAGCAACCUUCCACCAAUGCUUGCAUAAUCUCUCUUCCAUACCAAACCCUUUCAAUCUUUUCACUUUGUAUCUUCCGAUCCUCUCUUGAUGUUCCACUCUUUCUCUCUCCAAAACCAAGCUCAAAAUUCUGUGUCGCCCUGAUCUUUAAUGGCUCUGCAAUACAGAAGGUUGUUGUUCGCGUCUUACGAUGAUUGUGUCGCAUCAUGUCAAGCAAAAAAUUACACAGAAAGCUGUAAAUCAGAAUGUUCAGAAUUAUUUGGUGUCGACUCCUCACCACAGCAAAAGCUUGGCAAGAUUGCAUUGGCAAUGAUUGUGUUAUCAGCUGUAACUGUUGUUCUUGCUACUUGUUAUGCUAUCUAUGCCAAGUUCAUAAGACCAAGAAGAAGGAGAUCAACACAGCGAGAAGAUGAAGCAGAAGAAGUAGAAAUAAUUGAGACCCGUGAUCAGUUUGCGGAUGAAGAUGAAGGUCGUGUAGUUGACCAUCCAAUAUGGUACAUCAGGACAGUAGGGUUACAACCAUCUGUUAUUGGUUCUAUCAGAGUUUUCAAGUAUAAAAGUGGUGAUGGUCUUGUUGAAGGUACUGAAUGUUCUAUUUGCUUGAGUGAGUUUCACGAUGAUGAGAAUCUUAGGUUAUUACCAAAGUGUAGCCAUGCUUUUCAUAUCCCAUGUAUUGAUACUUGGCUUAGAUCCCAUACUAAUUGCCCUUUGUGUCGAGCUCCUAUAGUCACCAACACAGCCAUAGCAACAUCAUCACAGGCUAAUCUUGACGAUACAAGUACUGGAGAAGAAGCCAGGAUUGAAGUUUUGGAAGAGGAUCAAGAAACUGGUAGAGAGAUGGAAGGUAGAGAUGGUGGAGUGAGGAUUGUAACAGAGGUGGAAAGUGAAUUACCGAGUGAGAAUUUGGAGGAGGAGGAGGAGGAUGGGAUACAGCCACUGAGAAGAUCAGUUUCUUUAGAUUCUUUGUCAGCUUUCAAGAUAAUUCAGGCUCUUGCUAAUGUUCAUCCUGCAGUGGAAUCUGAUAGGAAUUCAGAUACCAGGAGGGCUGGCGGGGGGAAUGGAUCCAGUGGAGAAAUCGUUCAAAACAGAGGUGGCGGAAAUCAGAACUUGAUAAAAUUCAUGGCUACUUCUUCUUUUGGGAGGUCUUUUCAAAUAGGCCCAAGUUCAUUGAAGCGGUCAAUUUCUUGUAGUGGGAAAUUUUUCUUGUCAAUACCUCGCCGGAACCGGAAUUCAGGUCUUCCUUCAUGAUGCUUUAGAUCUUUUUCAUGGACUUCUCUGUCAGGUGAGGAAAAUGCAAGCUGGCAUGUUUUGAAAUCUAUCAACAAGCAGUGAAUUUCAUAGGUUUUUAUAAUAUAAAUGCAACAUAUACUAUAGUAGUAAUAGGACAAAAGAAGCUGAAGUUUUAGGACAUCUCAACGGAAAAUGAAAGCGAUCCAAAAUGGGAUCAUAUUGGGCUUGUCACAGUUUGAGUUUUCUGAAAAAGAAACAUUCAACUGUGAGUAAAACGUUUUGUCUUAAUGAAGUGGUUGUGCUUUUAUCUCAUCUUUUUUUGUGUAAAAAUUGCUGCUGCACAUCCAUAUUUCUGUUCAAGAAGAACAAUACUUGUACUU